AUUGAUGUGUAAUCGCGUUGGAUAUUUUAAUUUAAACCAUCCAGGCAUGUGCAAACAAAACUAAAAUUCAAGAUGCGCUUGAAGAAUUUGUAUGUUUAUAUUUUGUUCUACGUCAAUUAUAAUUUCUUAUACAUGCGUGUAAAUAGCGUAGAUGCACCAUUUAUACAUAUACCCGGCAAUGGAAUUAUAGCUGGAACGUAUUUAAAAAUGUACCGAACACAAAAUAUAAAAGCCUAUUUGGGCAUCCGAUAUGCACACGCGGCAAGAUUCUCGCCGCCCGAUAUCGAAUUGCCGCCAUGGAAAGGAAUUUUCAACGCAACAACAUUUGCAUCCAGCUGUUGGCAACCAGCCCGACCAUCAAUUAAUGCGCAAUUAGAUAAAGUUUUGGAUAUUAUAUCAGGCAAAAAUAUUAACGAGCCUGCAAUAAGGAAAUAUGAGGAGAAUUGUUUACAUUUGAAUGUAUUUGUACCUGACGGACUACCCGAAGUUGAUGGAUAUGCCGUAGUUGUUUGGAUACACUCCGGAAAUUUUUCAAUGGGCAGCCCAUAUGACAUUGAGCCAUUUCAGCUCGUUUUUAAACAAAAAGUUAUAGUUGUAACGUUUUCAUAUCGACUAAAUAUUUUUGGGUUCUUUUCAACUGACGAUGGAGAGGCGCAAGGCAAUUUUGGACUGAUGGAUCAGUCGGCUGCAUUGUACUGGGUAAAGAAAAAUAUAAAUUAUUUUGGAGGUGACGAGAAUCGGAUCACAUUAAUGGGCCAUGACGCAGGAGCUGUCAGCACCGCCUUGCAUAUGACAUCCGGGGAAUGGUCAAAGGGAGCUUUCCACAAAGCUAUUAUAAUGUCCGGUAAUCCUUUAAUUUCUCUUCGAUUUCCGCAUGAAUUCAAUAAUGAUUUGGAUAAAAUAUCAAAUAUAUUCGGAUGUGCUCGAAGACCAACGUCAAUUUUUAUUCAAUGCCUUAAGAGAGUUGACGCUAAAAUCAUAUCUGAGAAUCUACCCUCAAUUCAAUGGGGUCCCAUUGUGGAUUCUGGAUUAAGUAAUACAUCAUACCCAUUUGUCGAAAACCAGCCGGAAGCGUUAUUUAGAAGUGGAACUUAUCAUAAAGUACCAGUGAUUGUUGGAAUAACUGACAUGGAGGAUGUUCUUACAAUUUUGAAGGAAUACAUUUCGGUAGAGUUAAGUCCAGAGGACCUUUCAAAUUUUUUAUCAGACAUCGCACUAAAUGAUAUUUAUAAACUAAGGGGUAGCAACCAAUUCUGCACAAACUUUCCUAUCAUUUCUGAUGCAAUAAGCUUUAUGUAUUCUGAUAAAAAUAAUGUUGAACAAAUGCCUAUUAAUACAAAUUUAAUCAAUGCUCAUACUGAAAAAUCAUAUAUAACUCCAUUAGAAAUGUUUGUAGACAUAGUAAGUAUGCAUCAAAAUGUUUAUAGUUAUAUAUUUAAGUUUCGGUCAAAAUCGAUUCGUCCUGAUCUACCAAGUUGGAUAGGAGUACCAAAAUAUUUUGACCAGAUAUUUGUCUGGGGUAUUCCAUACGUAAACAAUAUUAUAGAAUGGAAUUCAACCGAUAAAAAGAUGGCAGACAUUAUUAUGACAUUAUGGGCGAAUUUUGCUAAAACAUCGAAUCCUACUAAGUCGAACGUGUAUGUCAAAUGGAGCACAAUAGCGCCACCCAACUAUUCUUAUAUAAUAAUUGACGAACGCUUUAAUACAGGCUAUCUUGCAGAUAAUCAGAAAGUACAGUUUUGGAAAAGUUUGUAUCCCAAAAUUCUCAAUUUCGCUACAGAAUGCUGCAAUUCUACAAAUGCGGGAGUAACCAAAUUAAUCCCCUACACAGUGAACUUUGGUUUAUGUUUAUACAUAAAUAUGUGUAUAUAUAGUUUUUACAUGUACGUAUUUUGAAUAACAUUAACCAAACUGUCGAGUUGUUUACAAAUUGUUUUAAUAUUAAUAAAAAGUUUAAAAAAUGCA